AUUUUUCCCCCCUCAAUGCUCAGCCCUUGUUAGAUUUUACUACCCUUUCAACUUCUUUGUGGACAUUUUUGUUCACAUAGUCUGUAAUUUUUACUAUUUUUGUUUUGUUUGUAUAAAUUUACUGCAUAGUGUUUAACUGACAUCAGUUCUUGUCGUUAGUAUAAAAUAUCCAUUUUUAUUUUUUAACACCUUCAAAUGCCAGCGUUCUUAGCACAAUGCACCAUUUUCUUAUGUAUUCUCUCUGAGAUGGUACUGAAAAUUUCUCAGUACCUGUACCACUUAUUUUUAAGUGGGUAGGACUCUAUCCACUAAAUCAAAAUUGCAUAAUUGUGGGAGGUGUAUCCCUCCAUUUUUCUGGGUGUGGUCCUCGGGGGAACAAGUUUGGACACGACUGGUUCAACAGGUGGUCCAGACCAUUUCAACAUCCUACGUGUGACUUGUUUUUGGUUUGUUUCCUGUGACCUGGCCGUCUGCUCGUGUCUUUGUCUCCGCCUGUUCUCAUUAGCCCAGCUCCCCUUGUGUCAGCCAAUCAGCUCGCUCCAGGUGUGCCUCAUUCUAUCAUCGAUGGAGAAACUCUUGGUUUUCAUGGUGAUGCUUUCAUCAUGUUGCGCGCAUACCAGAGAUCUUUCUGGCAAAAUAUUUGUCUUCCCGAGAGAGACUUCCAAAGAUCAUGUGAAAUUGAUGACACCCAAAUCAUCGUUCAGUGCAGUGACUGUCUGUCUCAGAUUCCUCACAGAUCUCACCAGGAACUAUGGCCUCUUCUCUCUGGCCACACCAGCGUUCAAAAAUGACUUUGUCAUCUUCAAGGUAAAGGCGGACGUCAUGAGGGUUCACGUGCGGAACGGCGCCACAGACUUCCUGUCUCUGUCUUUUCCUUCUAACUCCUGGCACACCUUGUGCUCCACUUGGGACUCUGUAAACGGCAUCGCCCAGCUGUGGGUGGACGGCAAACCCACCAUCAAGAGAUUUAUCCACUCAGGACAGCCAAUUAGUGGCAAUCCCAUCGCUAUCCUGGGCCAAGAGCAGGACACUUACGGGGGAGGCUUUGACGCCGCUCAGUCCUUCAUCGGCAUGAUCUCUCGACUUCACAUGUGGGACUACGUCCUCUCACGUAAUGAGAUCCAACGCUAUGAGGAGGACUCAAACUUCACCCCUGGAAACGUAUUCAACUGGAGAGCCCUCGACUUUGAAAUCACUGGCAACAUUUUGGUGGAAGAUGAGGUCAAGUAGAAGCAGGCAAUAAUUGUCUUCCUGCCACAUAUCCUCUAAAGCGGUUUGUGUCCAAAGACCUCCUCAUAAUCCUGACACCAAUUAAGCAUAACACUAAAUGCUACUGGAUUUAGUUGCCUGUUUUUGACAACUAAAAUGUUGUGAUUGUGGGGGGGGAAUUGCAUUACUAUUAAAAUGGUCACA